CGGACAUCGCACCCAAAAAGAAGGGCUCUCUGACGGAGAUGGCCCAUGCCCUCUCUUUUCCCGCGCACGUCGUUUGUUUGACGUGGAUGUAAAUUGCAUUUGUACGUGAAGCCACAUGUAACAUCCACAGAUAACAUUCAUCCAUUAGGAGCAAAUGGCGACCCUCACCACCACCAUGAGGUCCUUCCUGUUAUUGCUGUUGCUGCUGUUGCUGCUGUUGCUGCUGUUGCUGUUGCUGCUGGUGCUGUCACUGUAUCACUGUUGCUGCUGUGCGCUCUUCAAAAGGAUUAGAACAUGUAUCCUCGUCAUCCUCAUCAGUAGCAUCCUCAAUUGCACUCCUGCUCACACUCCUCCUCCUACUCUCACUCCUCCUACUCCUGCCCAUGAGCCAUUUGCUCUUAAACUGCUCCUGAUCAAAUGCUUCCAUAACAAUCUGGCUUCUCAUCGUCCAUCAUACUCAGUAGACUCAGUAAACCCUAAAGUCCUUUUGAAUAUCUGGAUGCCCGAUCAAGGACUAGUUUGAGAAAGGGAUACGCAGAAAGGGAGGCUACAGAUGGAACAUGGGCUGACUGUAACAAAAUCAAUGUGUCGCAAUUGCACACUAAACAGCAAAGGGGAAAGGUCGAAGCGAUCCUACGCGCACGGGCAGC